AGCAAAAUUAUUUUUUCCAUGAAGUGUUUUUAAAUUUGCUGCUUCUAAAAUACGCUUCACGGGGUGACCUUUCACACUUUCUCGGCACAUUUCGAAUCAUUACGCGAUUACAAUCAGCAAAUUAUAUAUUUUUUUCACAUCGUACUCGCUGAUUGUAUGAAAUUACGAAACGAGAUAUUUGAUCUUUACUCAUUUGCGAGAGAAAUAAUAUUUGUUACCUCGUAACCAAAGGGUCGAAAUGGAGCGCCUGGUAUUUCGGAAAGCGGAAAGCGAGUGCUCCUCGCUCCGAAAAUCGUAAUUGCCGGCCGACCCCGCCUUCUAAUGCGGGAUAAUAUCGUGGUAACUACGCCGCUGUUUUCACGUUUGAGGAAUAUUGGGCGUGCUAAACAGGGACCAUGCAUUACCUGACAAGCACGCAACCACCACAGUUCGAGUGGUUCAUUCGUCCCGUGGUGCGUCGCGGUGCUCCAAUACGUCAGUCUAUGUUUGCUCGGCCGUCAGCGAAGACGACGACGAGCGACGAGCAGCGCGAGCUGCGAAAAACACGUUUUGCAAGUGCCGCGAGAAAACAAGAUCGGUCCUCCGGAUCGCGAGGAGAAUUAUUCGCUCUCGAGAAUUUAACCCGGCGGUGCGCCGAAACGCACCGGUGGCGGCGGGGUGUUGGGAAAAAUAUCGACCGUGAUGUGGUGAUGUUUUGAAAUUUUAUCGUUAAGGUAUUUCCAUCCGGGAAUAAAUUCCUUCGACGGGAGAAACUCUCCUGCUAUCUGUUGACUGUCAAUAUUACGAUUUGAUUGUGUUAAAUGCGCAUUGACAGGCUAAAAAUAAUCGCAAGGCCAGGCCGCGUUGCUUUGCUUUCCAAUUUGCCUUUGAAUUCGAGCCUUGUGUCUCGCGCGUGUCUCGAGACACGCGGGAAAAUGCGUAACUUGGCAAGAAGAGAAUUUUGAAAGUUCUCUCAAUUUAAGUUUCUCGAUAAUUAAAAAUCUGGCUUUCGCACGGCCGUGCAUUUACGUAUUCUCGUACAGAUCGAUUAACAUCGAUCGUUUCGCGAAAGCGCUUCACACUGGACAUUCUCCGGUACUUUUCAAAUUACUUCGCUUCUAGAAGAAAUACUCUCGGCUAUCAAAAGCAUUUGGGCAUUUAUCUUGCGGGAAAACAAUUUUUUUUCGACGGAGGGGAAAAAAACUUUAGGGAAGAACAAUUGUACUCGGAGUAAAAUUAAUGGGGAGGAGUUAUCGGUUCGGAAUAAAAACGACUCGCUUCCAGUCGCGGUCAAUGACGUUUCGACAGCCAGCCGAAGAUCAUGUUGUUUUACACUUGUUGAACAAACAGGUAGCAGACAAAGGAGGAGGUGUAAUAAGGUGUGCAAGUUUAUUCCGUAUAUGACGCCGGUAGACUAAGCUUCAACCCUACUACGUGCGAAGGAUCAAAAGUCAAGAUGAUAACGGUACCGAUAUCAGCUUCCAGCCCCUACAGGUCUUACAGCGACGGCAGCAAGGUUGCCAAAGAGCCCUUGAUGAUGGCGUCGAAAGAUCAUCCCUCGUCAAAUGCGCAAAUUUGUAAAGACACCUUGAAAGACAUGAAGGAGCAUUCGGCAACUCAACGAAUGGAGAGAGAUAAGGACUUGCCACAGCGGUCGCAAAGCAACGCGGCUAGCUUAACAUCUAUAGCCGAUAUAUCUCCGAGUUCUUCCCAAUUCUUCGAAGUAUUCUACGUUGGCAAAAUCAAAGUGUCGCAUCCGAAAUUACCGGAAUCCUUCAUUGACGACGCACUGAUAAAAUUCCGCGUUCAUGGACUCGAAAAAUCGAGAUCUUCAACAAGUAACCUUCUCUCAGAUUGCCAACGAUUGAAACGUCAAGCUUUGAUGUCUUCCUUUAAUAGGAGAAAUAGUACGGAAUCUACCGCCAGUGAAUCAGGCAGUAUCGAGAAUGUCUCGGGAAACAGUAUAAUUCCAAGCGUGAAUCCGCUUGGAAUCCCGCCAGUUUUAAGCAGUUCUGUCGAGACUUUUCCAAGAACAAGCAUCAAUCAGGCAGAAAACGAUGGCCGUGAUGGGAAUCGGACGUCCGAAUCUUCCGCUAAUUCUAAUAUUACCGUACCUGAAAUAAUGCGAAAUCGCGCGGCAUCUACUGGCAGUGUUUUAAGUGGUAGAAGAGAUUCUGCUAUUAAAGGAACCGAUGAUCACAAUCGUACUAUGGUUUUUCAAGUAGGACGAUUUGAUUUGAGGUUGAUUAGUCCUGAUAGAAAGCAAGUCCUUCUGCAUAAACAAUUAAGAGACGUAACAAAUUGCGUGCAGGGUACGAAAAAUCCCGAGCACUUUGGUUUUAUUUGCAAAGAAUCAGAAUAUUUUAUCGGAUAUGUCUUCAAAUGUCAAUCUGGAUCAGUCGCGGAUGACCUUGUUGCAGCAAUUAGUCAAGCUUUUCUUACGACUUGCGAUAUUGCAAGAAAAGAGAGAUAUUCUGUAUUUUCUUGCGAACAUUGUCCUAUGUACUGGUAUAAUAAAUUAUGCCAAGAAAUUGAAGGACAAAAUGAUAAAAAAGUGCAAAGCAUUAUUUCCCGUAUGGAAUUAUUGCCGGAGGACGAGCAGGAGAUCGUGGUAAGCAAAUAUAAAGGUGCCGAGGCUGCAGGCAACAUUGGUGCAAGUUCCUCGAGUUUACGAGAGCAAAAUCAAUUCUUAAUGCGACUAUUGCGUGCUCAUUGCGAAUCAAAACAAGCUAGACACGUACAUGAUACGGCUGAAAAUAGGAGUGAAUUUCUCAAUCAAUAUCUAAGUGUCGGCGUAGGUAGCACGAUAUUCAUGAAAGCAAAACGCUCUCUUACGAAUAGUUUCGACAAUCUUAUGAAGAGAAAAGGUUCGCGUGAUGAUUUUGGUUUAGGCCCGCAAUUGAGGGAUACAAAUCAUCUGAAUGCAGUAGUACAAAAGAAUGAUAGUCAGAGUCCAGAUAACUCGCGACAGUCAUCUAUACUGGAUAUUUCACCGGAAUCGAGUAGACCAAGAUCAUUACGUGUUUCGCCUGAACAACAAAUAGGUGUAAAUAACGGACCAAAGAGUUCCAUGAUGGAUAUCUUUUUAAAAGUUGGUAAUUCACCGAAAACAUCCCCAACGGACAUUGAUGGAAGUAGCACAAUACAAGCCAAUAGUUCUUGGCGACAAACAAUACUAAACAGAGUUGUAACACCGAACAAAGAUAAUGCUAGAGAAAUUGAAAAAAUUAAUAUUCUCAAAAGUUCGGAAACGUCCGUAAAACGUAGAUCAAAACAAGAAUUACGAGACUUGUGGAAGAAAGCGAUUAAUCAACAAUUGAUACUUAUAAGAAUGGAAAAAGAAAACGCGAAACUUAGAGAACGUCAAGAGGAGGCAACGGUAAAAAGAAUCAAGCUUGAAUAUGACGAGCUUAGUAGUUGCGCGCGUGAAGUAGUAGAAGUCUGGGAUCUUCUUGUUAGCAAGGAAUCUCGGGUUUCUACCAAAUGUGAUAAUCAAAUGCUUUUACAUGCUAUCAAGCAAGGUGUACCAAAAGGAAAAAGAGGGGAAGUUUGGCAAUUUUUAGCCGAGCAAUUUUGCUUAAAACAACCGCCUAUAGACACUCAAGAGUUUCCAAAUUAUAAUACACCCUAUGAACUUCUCCUGAAGCAACUUACAUCUCAACAACAUGCUAUCCUUAUUGACUUGGGGAGAACGUUCCCGAGUCAUCCAUAUUUUAGUUCACCAUUGGGACCUGGUCAAUUAGCACUUUUCAAUUUAUUGAAGGCCUAUUCUUUGCUAGAUCAUGAGGUCGGUUAUUGUCAAGGCCUUAGUUUCGUUGCUGGAGUCCUUUUAUUGCAUAUGGCGGAGGAUCAAGCUUUUUUCUUAUUACGACAUCUAAUGUUUCGCCGAGGACUUAGAAAAUUGUAUUUGCCAGAUAUGGCAGCAUUGCAAUUGCACUUAUAUCAACUUUCUAGGCUAUUACACGAUCGCUUACCAGCUAUUUAUAAUCACUUUGACAAACAUGAAGUUUCGCCUACUUUAUAUGCCGCUCCAUGGUUAUUAACAUUGUUUUCCAGCCAGUUUUCUUUAGGUUUUGUAACCAGAGUUUUUGAUUUGCUUUUUCUGGAAAGCUCCGAAGUUCUCUUCCGUGUAUCAGUUGCAUUAUUGGAAGAACAUCAAGAUCAAUUAUUAUGUUGCGACAGCUUUGAGGAAAUUAUGGAAUACCUCAAGACACGUGUGCCAGCGAUAGACAAGCAAAGUUUAGAUCGCAUAAUGAAACGUGUAUUUUAUCCUGAUUUGGAAAUCACAAAGCAAUUAAACGAAUAUAGAGUGGAAUAUCAAGUACUUCAAGAAGAAAUGAUAUCGGUAAAGCCACAAAUGGAAAAUUUGGAGAAAUUUAAAUUUAGAAAUAAACAACUUACACAAGAAAUUGCACAACUUAGCGAACAACUAGAGAUUACCAUGAGUAACUUGCACAGGCUCGAAACAGCACGAUCAAUGCAACAAGCGACUAUUCACAAACUUGAGUCUCAAAAUCGUAGUCUUGAAGUAACAGUGGCCACGUUAGGUGCGUUUAUUCAGCAAUUAGCAGAUACACGUGCUGAUAUCGAAAUCCCGGGCGAAGUUCGUAGGAUACUCGCACAAUUGAGUAUGGUCGAGAAACGACGAAGUGCUGGUACUAAAUCAUAUCCUUUAAAAGUCAUUGAAGAUAACAAAUACGGGAUGAUAAAAAGUAACUCAACCGGAAGAGAAUCUCAAAAUCUUUUAAGGAAUAAUAGUAUGGAUACACCAUAUCCUUUGAAAUCAACUAUGAGCCAACCCAAUUUAGCAACGAAAUUAGAAAAAGUCUCUUCAUUCUUUUUAAAUUCGCACAAUCACAUACAGAAGCAACGUGCGCAGUUAGCAGCUCUUAGAAACGAAUAUUCUGAACAAGCGAUACGAGGCAACAACGAUGAAAAUGAUCCCAAAACAGUCAAUAUCGACAUUCAAAUUACUGACACUAUGAAUCUGGCAAACAAUCCGGUUCCUCAGAACGAGAAUAAUUUAAAAGUUCCAGCUAUCAAUUUAGAAAAAUCGAUAUCGUUACCAUUGAAACUUAAGUUGAAAUCAUCAAAAUCAGCAUAUGAAUUAGGUUCUAUAAAAAAGGUUCCCACUAGCAAACUCGAAGUUACAACCAAUGAUUCGUUAACAAAUUUGACAGGAACCAUACAUCCACUUGAUACUUGUAGUGAUGUAAAUUUUCGAUUUAGCGGAACUACGAAAUUAAAAUCCAUCAAACCUAUCAAAUCUAGUCAAAGUUGUCAAGAAGAUAAUAGUAACAAACAAAAAUCCGACCAAAACUCCGAUUCUUUAAAUAGAUAACAAUUACUUUCAAAUACAUCUUCAAAGAGCAUCUUGUCGAAGAAAAUGUUCAUAAAAAAUAUAUACUUAAAACGAUACUGGUGAUGAGUAGCUUAAAGAUUCAUCUUUAUAUUUAUUUUCCUGCUUCUAAGCGAAUUUAAGAAAAAUGAUUAAUUUAUAUAAUUAUGAAGAAAAAAAUUUUUUCCUAUUCUUUAGAUCUGAUAAUUAACUAUAACUUAUAUAAAAAGUUAUAUUAAAAUAGUAUAGAAUUAUAUAUAUUUGGAAAGUUUAUGUGCAGAUAAAUAGUGAAUGGAAAAUCCAAUUUUUAAAUAAAAGUAUAUACUAAAAGCAUUCAAAAAAUGUAAAUAUCAGGUACUAAAAAGACAUGCAACCAGUUUCAGAUUGCCAAAGGAAGUGCCAAACUUUCUCUGUAUUAAAACACAUUUUAUAGUAAAAUAAAAGUGAUUUUAAUUACAUAGAGACAAGUACGUAUGUAUAUAGAUUAUAUUGCGUAUAUAUACGCACGCAUAGCUACAGUUGUGUCGUUAAAAAAAAUACAUAUUGGUAAAAACGUUAAUGUAUAGAUUACGAUGCACUGUCAGAUUCAAAGAACUAAGUAUUAUUAGUACAACCAAGUACUAUUUUUGCACAAACAAGCCUUGUGAUAUCAGGGAUAGUUAACAUUAUAUUAUAUAUGCAUGUAUACUCACUGUUCUUUAUAGUAAAGUUUUACCAUCGUUGAUAUAUGCGAAAGUAGUAUUAGGCAUAUUUAACAUUCAUAUCAAAUGUGUUGUAAAUUAGCGGAUAGUACUCAAUUCCUAUAAAAAUUAUCCAAAACUUUGUGACAUUUUGAUAGAUAUUAAUGUAAUAAUGAUAUUAAUGAAAUAGAAGUAUUCGUAAAAAAAACGAUGAAAUUAUAUUUUGUAGUAUUCGAGUCUCUGUAAUAUUUUAUCAACUAUAGUGAAUAUUUGUAACUGUAGUGACAUAUUGUUUGUAACAAAAUAAUGCAAAUAUAUAUCAUAUAUGACAAAAAUAAAAAUAUUCUAUAUGUAAUCGUUUAUUAUUAUCAUAGAUGUAAAUAGAUCAUAAUUUUCAUAUUAAUGUUGCGGAUUAAAAAAACUUAACUGAUUUUUCUAUUAACAUGCUAAUCUUAUUGCGAUAGUAAUUACGAGUAAUGCUUGUGAAAGCAGGUAGUAAAAUAGUUCCUAAUAUCUAAAAAAA